AUGAUGAAGCGGAUGAAAGGGGAUAAGACGUAUGGGCUAACGAAACGUCAAGAAAUAAUCCUCAACAGAAAAAUAAAGAAGAUCACCGGGGAUGAGGAAUUCGAUGGAGAAUCGCCGGCUGCAGGGGGUGCAGCAGAAAGCGGAAUCAGUAACAUCCCGGGUCUCACUCCGUCCCAGGCGAAUGUGCUCAAACGAGAAAUGGAAGCUAUACAGGAAUUGCAUGCUAUGCAACGGAAAGAAGAGAAGAAAAAAGACGAAAAAGCGAUGAAAGAUGAGGGCAAAAAAGAGGAAGCCAAAGAGUCAGGAUCGAAAACUUGCGCUGAAUCGAAAGAGACAGAAUGCUCGGUAACCGCAGAAGAGAGAGAAGAAUCGAGAGAAGAACAAGACUUGAAACUCUCACAAGAUUCCAAACUGCCAAAAGAAUUAAAAGGCGCAAAAGUUUCGAAAAGAGUGGAUGAAUUCAAAAAACCAAAAGAAAUAAAAGCAGGCGGAAAAGCAAAAGUGACCAAAGCCGAUUACCAUGUCGAACGGUUCCGAACGCCGGAUGGUCGCUUAUUCUUCCGCUUCACACCGAAAGAAUAUUUUGAGAUGGAGAAAUCUCUGGAAAACAAGCAAGGCGCACGUUCUUCGGAAAAUUUGCUACAAGCACUAUCAGGAAGAAAAGCGUCAGAGCAGAGGAUACAACAAGUACCAUUAGCGAAAGCAUCGCUGGUCCCAGAGUGUAAACGGUCAUCAGUACCACCAAGGCAAGUACCACCGGCGUCACCAGCAGUAGCACCGCCGACACCAAAAUCACUACCGGUAGCAGCGGGGAAACUAUCACCUACAGUACCAGGGCAAGCAUCGCCAGCAACACCGGGGCAAACAUCACCAGCACCAGCGGGAAAACCGCCACUAACACUACCGAGGAAACUGCCAUCAGCACCACCGAGGCAAGUACCACCAGUAAAGGCACCAGCGGCACUACCUGGGCAAGCGCCUUCAGCAAUUCCGGUAGCAAUCGGAAAAGCAGCACCGGUACCAACAAAGAAUGCACCACCGGUAGCAAUGGGAAAACCGUCACCAGCAUCAGCAGGGCAAGCAUCACCGACACAGCCAGUGAAAGCACCACCUUCGGCAGUACCAAGACAACCACCAACAGUACCAGGACAACCACCGUCAGCACUACCGCGACAACUUCCAUCAGCGGCACUAGGGAAAGCAGCAUCAGCUGUGGCGGGAAAAGCACCAUUGGUACCACCGGGGAAAUCAGUAACGACACUAACAAGAAAACUGCCAUCAGCUCCACCAGGACAAACACCGCAGACAUCACCAGCGAAAGCACCACUGGCACCAUCAGCAAAAUUAUCCUCAGCACCACCACCAAGAAAGGAACCACUGGCAGCAGCAGGAACUGCGCUUCCUGUGACACCAAGGCAAGCAUCUCCUGCACCACCGAGGAAGACAUCACCAGCAGUAGCUGGAAAAUUUCCACCGGCAACAGCCGGAAAACCGCCACCAGUGUCACCAGGACAAGCACCGCCAAGUUACCGGUAA